ACGAUGGUUUUCAAAGUUAUUUGAAUUUCAUACUUUUCAAGUGCAUCCGUAACUAAAAGUUUAUCAUCUAAUGGGCGUUUUCCUUUCCUUUUUUUCUUUCCUUUUUUUCCUUUUUUUAGCAUGCACCCGAAAUGAACCGGUGCGUUAUGAUGCCGUCUGAGUGUCAUCGAGAGCAACCGGAAUGUGGCGUUUCUUACAUUGAUUAUUCGGAAGCACGUAAUAUCUUAGAUUUAACAUCGGUCAAGCAAAAACGAUUACGAUGUCAACGUCCGUAUACACAUAAUAUUCGCGUGCAUUUAUUAUUAAAACGAACAUACAAGUGCCGUAAAUUCAGUGAUAUAGAUUAUUCUUCAUUAAAACGUUCGAAAGUAUCUUUGAAAAAUGUUGAACAUAAAACAAGAACAUCUGUUAUUAUGGACAAAUGUUAUGAUAUUCAUAAUGAUGACGAUAUUCUACAAUUUUUAGCUGAACUCAAUAGUGUGAAAGUGAAGCCAAGAAGAACAAAUGAUGAGAUGAAGAGCAAUACGUUUUCUUGGCAAAUAACCGUUGGUUUUGUCUAUGGAACUCUUACAAAUCGCAUAUCGUGGAUGUUGGAAUCGAUUCAACAUAUGCGUCAUAGUCUGACAGCACUGCAAAAAAAUAUUGAUGAUUAUCAGCGAUCAACAACUUCUUUAUCACAACAAAAUCCGAAUACCACAGCGAAUAAAUCAUGUACUUUUAUUGCAUUUUUACAAAAUUCUUGGACAUUAAUUCAAGCAUUAUUUGUUCGUAUAAUAUACAUACUAUCAUCAGUCGCAGCUGUUUGGCGUGUUGUAAAAGACACAAAAGACGAUAAUUUUUGGUAUUUAUUAUUAUUAUUAAUUUUCUUGGUACUAGAAAGUUAUAUCACAGUUUAUGGCCGAAAAGGUUAUGAAUAUAAAUGGUGUUGUCCAUCAGCGUUUGCUUACCUAAUUACAGUCAUACCCUGUAUUUGGUUACUUGAAUUACAUCAUAGUAAUCGUUUAUCAUCGUUACCUGUUUAUAUUAGUCUACAUUCCCCUAAUGACUCUGUUAGUUCAUCAACGUUACUACCUUUUAUACCAUCACUAUCAACAAUGCCUUCAACAGAAACUACCAGUUCAUUUACAGAUCAAAAUACCACCUAUAAUCGACUGUUUUUGAAUUAUUAUAAUGAAACAUCAUUAUCUCAUAAUAAUUCAACAAAUCAAUCGAUGUUUUCUCAAUCGUCAGUAAGCAUUAUCUUGGCAAGAACUUUUAUGGAUAAGUAUGAUAUUAAGAAGAAAGAUCAAGUUGAUUUAAGAAUCGAAGAACUUUUAAAAAGACCACAAAAAUUUAUUUUAAAACUUGAUACUCAAUUAUCAAUAGAAGAAUGGAGAAUGAUUACGGAACAAAUGACCCUCUUAGUUCUUAUUGUUAGUCGAUGGUUAUUACCGAAAGGAGAAUUAUCUCGAGAAGAAUUAUCACAACUUUUACUUGUUUAUAUUGGUAUUGCAGCAGAUAUUAUUGAAUUCUUUGAAGUUUUCAAAGAAAAAAGAGUACGAACAAAUUUUACAUUAAGCAUUCUUGUGCUUGUUUUAUGGACAUUAAGUUUGUUGCAAUUUUGUAUUGCAUUAACAGCGUCUCGCGGUCGUAAAUCACGUCUCGAUUUAUAUUCAGGACCAACUCGUUCACGUCAAAGUGCUCUAUGUUGUAGUCCCUCUGAUUUUUGGGGAAUGUUAAUGUCGUUGUUACUUCAAGAUAUGCCAUUUUUUUGUUUUCGUGCUGUAUUAAUAUUUCAUUAUCAUAUUUUAAGUUAUUCAAGCGUCUUUUUUACAUGUAAAAAUGGUCUAAUUAUUAUUUUACAAUUUUAUAGAAUAACAGUUAUUAUUUGUUCGACGUUUAAUUAUGAUAAACGAUUAAUUCGGGAUGAAGACCCCUAUAAAUUACGUAAACCGUCUAUUACACAGUCAACUGUUGUUAAUACAAUUGAGGAAAGGAAUUCGUUAGUUUAA